GCUUGAGCGGCUGGGGAAGUUGUGCGCCCAGCCAGGCUCGCCCCGCCGGGCCACCUGUUUUGCAUCGGCUGGGCGAGGGGGGGACCGGACCGGGCCGGGGAGGGGGCGGCGGCGCCAUGUCCAAAGUGAUCCAGAAGAAGAACCACUGGAGCAGCCGGGUGCACCAGUGCUCGGCUAGGCGGGCGGCCGGCGGGCGGCCGGGGCUGCCCCUGCUCGGGGGCGCGGAGCACGGGCAGUUCCCCUACGUGGGGGCGGCGGAGGAGGGCGGCCCGCCGGUGCUGGCCGGGGGCGAAGCAGCGGGGCUCAGCCCCGGGGAGCUGCUGCUGGAGGUGCAGGGGGUCCGCGUGUCCGGCUUGCCCCGCUACGACGUGCUGGAAGUGAUCCGGAGCUGCGCCGAGCCCAUCUCGGUCACAGCCGUGAGACAAGGUAAGAAAUUGCAUUCCGUUAAGCAAGACUGCCUAAGGGACUUGAUGGGAUGCUGUCUCCUUGCAUUCAUUUGUGACAUGAUCCAGGAAGAAAUGAGAAAACAAUACAUUUUUCCUGUAGCAUUUUUCAAAUGA